AUGCCAUCUGCCUUCCACACGUUCAAGCUUGUCCAAGCAGAUAUGGCAUCCCCAACCCCCGGGCAACCAACGCCCAGCCUCUCUCCAUCAACGCCCUCGAGCAGCAAUGCGCUUCCUGUAAACUAUCCGAGCCAGCAGCCCACCAACAAUUCAAACCAGAACCAAACCCAAACCCCGAACCAGAAUCAGAAUCAGAACCAGAACCAGAACCAGAACCAGAAUCAGAACCAGAACCAGAACCAGAACCAGAACCAGAACCAGAAUCAGAACCAAAAGCUCGAGACGCCCACGCCCACAUCGACACCCACAGAAUCCCGAAUGGACCCUCCUCCGCUUCCGCGCUCGCUGAUGACGCCGGCGCGCGAAGUGAGAGAGAGCUCCGUCGUCUCUUCCGCUGGGAGUGGUUCGCGCAAACCACGACAGAAUCUCGAGGAGCGCGACCACAUACUCAUGCUCACGCAUUGUUACGAGCAACGUGGCAGCUUCAAGGAAGGCACAAAAUCUCAAUUCUGGAGUGGAGUAAACACCUCAUUCCAACGAGAAACGGGAAAAGUACUGGCUCAGAUGAGUGCUACAGUUGGACGAUUGGUAGAAGCUAGAAGGAGGCAGAUUUCAGAUUGGGAGGCUGGCUCCAUUCCAGAAAGACCCGGCGGCGAGCUGAACGACAGACUCGACCAAUGGAUCGAAUUUCUGAAGACCGAAGACGGGGACGCGGAGGCGGAGAGGAUGAGACAAGUAGCUGCGAGAAGGAAGGUUGAGGAAGCAAGAAAAGAGGCCAGAAGACAGGCACUUGCCGCGGAAGCACUGACGGGAAGCGCUGAGAAUUCCCCGGUCCCAAGAGCAUAUUCCGGACCACAGCCACCCCGUCCUGAGACGGCUCAAAUGGGACACAAUUCGCAGCAAACUCACAGUCAACACCCGAACCAGCAACAGCAUAUCCAACCUCACCCCCAGCAGAUCCAGCAAGCUCCAGCCCCCCCGCCUCCCCAUUACCAGCAGCACCUACAGCAACGACACCCGCAGCACGAGAAACAGGACAUGGUGAUUACCAAUGGAGAGCCAGAUGUGAACGGCUACCGCCCCCAGAAGCGCAAACGAGCCAACAACGAGCGAGCUAUGAACAGGGAACUGCAAGUCCAGCUCGAGCAACAACAAUGGGAGGCACAGCAGUACGCCAUCGCCCACCCACCCGAGCCCCCACGUAGGGUCGUUGUCGAAGGUGCCCUCACGAAAGACGACUGGAAGGACAUCAUGGGCAACGACGCGCGCCUCCGAACACUCGAGAACAAAGUCGACAAGAUCGAGCUGAUCGUGUCGCAGAACAACAAGCUGCUGCUGCAGCUGGUCCAGAAUCAGAGCAGGGAGAGGGACAGAAAUGUCGAGGAGCCAGUUCAUGUCGACGCGGAAUUCGAGAGGGAAUACCUGUGA